CAAUAAAAACUCUCAAAUCUACCUACAACAGGGAAGUAGGCUGCACCCUGCUCGACACAGCACAUUUAUACACCCAUGGCAUCACUAGCUUGGACUAAUUCUCCCCCGGUCGUGUAAAAAUUUGCCUUACAUUCCAGUUUUUCUUCGUUUUGCUAAAUACAAUCCCCAAACAGACCGACAGAGACGAUGAGUGGUAGCCUCCCUCUUUCCCGCUCGGAGGUGUUUGGGGAGCUAAGGAAAGAGCUCCACGAUGACAAGGAAUUCCACCAGUCUGAUGUGCACAUCUUCAUCAUCAUGGGAGCCUCUGGAGAUUUGGCGAAGAAGAAAAUUUACCCAACGCUCUGGUGGCUCUUCAGAGAUGGUCUACUGCCAGAGCAGACAUACUUUGUAGGUUUUGCUCGCUCUCAGUUGACAAUUGAUGCCAUCAGAACAGCCUCUAUGCCCUAUCUGAAGGCUACAGACUCUGAGGCAGAGAGGUUAGACACGUUUUUUAAAAGGAACACUUACAUUAGUGGGAAAUACGAUGAUGAAAGUUCCUUCUCCACUCUGAACACACACCUCCUGUCUCUGCCCGGAGGAGCUGAGGCUAAUCGUUUGUUCUACUUGGCUCUGCCCCCCUCUGUGUACCAUGAUGUCUCCAGGAACAUCAAGCACCAGUGUAUGAGCACCAAAGGCUGGAACAGGAUCAUCGUAGAGAAGCCGUUUGGACGUGACCUGCAGAGUUCAGAGGAGCUGUCCACUCACCUAUCGUCCCUGUUCACAGAGGAGCAAAUCUAUCGCAUAGACCACUAUCUAGGCAAAGAAAUGGUGCAAAACCUCAUGGUGCUUAGGUUUGGUAAUCGUAUCUUCGGCCCCAUCUGGAACCGGGACAGUAUCGCUUGUGUGGUCCUCACCUUUAAAGAGCCCUUUGGUACACAAGGCCGUGGAGGGUACUUUGAUGAUUUUGGCAUCAUUAGGGAUGUGAUGCAGAACCAUUUACUCCAGAUGCUCUGUCUGGUUGCAAUGGAGAAGCCUGCCUCCACCAGCUCUGAUGAUGUUAGGGACGAGAAGGUGAAAGUGCUGAAGUCCAUAGCCCCAUUGAGCAUGUCAGACGUGGUGCUGGGUCAGUACGUGGGCGACCCGGAGGGAGAGGGAGACGCUAAACUCGGUUACCUUGACGACCCCACUGUUCCCAAAGGAUCCACUCAGGCCACUUUUGCUACAGCUGUACUCUAUGUGCAUAAUGAGCGCUGGGAUGGGGUCCCGUUCAUCCUGCGCUGUGGGAAGGCUUUGAAUGAGAGGAAAGCGGAGGUCCGGCUGCAGUUCACUGAUGUUCCUGGGGAUAUUUUUGAUAAUCAGUGCCACAGAAACGAGCUGGUGGUCCGUGUGCAGCCCAACGAGGCUGUCUAUGCCAAAAUGAUGAGCAAGAAACCCGGGGUUUACUUCCACCCCGAGGAGACUGAGCUUGACCUGACGUACAAGAGCAGAUACAAGGAUGUGAAACUUCCAGAUGCUUAUGAACGCCUCAUUCUUGAUGUUUUCUGUGGAAGUCAGAUGCACUUUGUGAGAAGUGAUGAAUUAAGGGAAGCAUGGAGGAUUUUCACACCUCUUCUCCAUCAUGUUGAAAAAGAGAAGCCCAAACCUAUUCCCUACAAAUAUGGAAGCCGAGGACCAGCAGAAGCAGACGAGCUGUCAAAAAGAGUUGGUUUUCGUUAUGAAGGCACUUACAAAUGGGUGAACCCACACAAGCUGUAGUGAAGAGACAGGAGUAGAAUUAGCAUUGUAGGACAUGAGCAGUGGUUUUAUCUGCUGUACCAUGUCCCUUUACUGAAGUGUCUUUUUGAGGCGUUUCAACUGCCCCAUCACAGAACAGAACUGAAAUUUCUGUUUAGGAUUUAGGAGUAUUUCAAAGUAUUUCAUUAUUUUUGGGAUAGUUAAUACUCAAACAUUUGUGAUAUCAAAUGUCAGUAUAAGAUUUACUUUUGUUAUUUUUAUACCACUUCCACCGAGCUUUACAAGAACAUUCAUUCAGAUAGACCAAAAUGAGAAGGAUCAAAAAGUACAAUGUUUUAGGAACAAACAUGGACAAAUUUUGUACCAAAGAUGGUAACCACAUACAAUAUAGGGGACUGGAAAUCUAUAAGGACAUAAGUGACUUUACACAAGAGGCAAAAAAGCUCAUAAUUUGCAUUUGUCAUACACAAAUUGGUCCUAAACGUUCAGUUAUUUACAAACAUACGUAUCGAAGUCACACAAAAGUAAUAAUUGGCAUCAUUUUGAGUAAUUACUGAUUUAUUUAAAUGACUGUAUGUAAAAUAAAAUAAUCCCUUUCUCAUUAUAGUUCAAAACCUCAAUUUUACAAACAUUUGAACAGUCCCGUGUUUUAGUUGUUGGUAAUAGAUUGUGUUCGCUUUCUAGAAUUUGAUGGAGGACAGAGACCUGUAUAACUCUAUGGGAGAUUCACUGUUUUUUUAAGAAAAAUACAUAUUUACGAUCCACAAAUGUCAUAUGCCAUAUUACUCUUUUGUCUUAAAGUUCUUUUAACUGACAACAGUCAAACAAACAACAGCAAAGUGUAGCAUAAUGGCAUCACUUCUGAAGCUGUAGUGAAAAAAUAACAAUUUCAGUUUGUUUUAUUUAUACUGGUUUAUAUAUACAAAGACAUUUAUCUUUGUGCCUGUUUUAGUUUCGUGUGAAAAGGCCAAGUAAGUCAACCAAUAAAUCAGGACAAUACAUUUGUAUAUUGUAUUUAGACAGUUAAAAGGCAAACUCUACCACAGAGAUUUGACCUGUCCUCCAACUUCGUUUUAAAUAGUGGUAUUCUAGAAUGUUGUGAACGUAAUCUAUUUGUAAUGCUAUUGAUACUUUGCAGUGACAUCGCACUGGGGGUGUUCUACGUGUAUUUCUUUUGGCGGAAUGUUCAGCAGUUACUGUGGUGACACAAUGCACACAUUAGCAACCAGACAAAAAACUUCUGAUAGUUUGAAAACUGAAGAAAAAAUACAAAAUUGAUUUUCAACCAAAAGAGUGAGUGUGACUAACUGAAAAACUGUUGACUAUUUCUAGUUUAUGACUAUAAUUUAAUGUGUGAGAGAUUUUUUUUGUAAGCGCACAAAACAUCUCAGCUGUUGCAGUUCCAACCUAGUCAGUUCUUUCAGGUCAGAUUGUGUUAGACUUAAUCUGAUCUUUAUUUCAACUUGAGUAACAGAACUUCAGACAGAGUAGUGCUUUCAGUUAGCUUCACACCCUCAGGGAAUGUUGAUGAUAUCAGCUGCAAAGUAUACAGUGCAGAAAGCCAACAUUGUUUUCACAAAUUGGUCCGCUUAUCCCUUUAGAUUUACUGAACAAAAUUGAACAAUUUCUGUGAUAGCACUGUGCUUUAGCUGCAUUAAUUACUGCACAAUACAUAUCAUAUUUUAGCUUUGUUUCUUAUGAUUGGACCAAGCUUACAUUGCCUUUAAGCAUUAAUAAGGUGGAAUAAGGUGUGUGGUUUUAAGGGGUGGGGCAGCUAGUUUCUUUUAAGCUUUCAAACUACUGUAGUCUUAAAUAUGAGAGUAGCUUUCUAUAUUAUGGUCUCAGUAUCCAUUCCAUUGUAUGUUUACAUUUGUUCAAAUCUAGACCACUUUUAUUCCAUUUAUACAGCGACAACCGUUUGUAAUGACGUUCUGAAUGCUGUUAUCAUAAUGUCUUACAUGAAAAACAUUUCCACAACUUGUAAUAAACAAAGCUCUACCUU